UUGGUCCGUGACCCAAAGACCUCGAUGAGUCGCUGACCAAGCCUUUGAUCGAAGCAUAAGCAACAAUAGAGAGCAAGCGAGCGAGCGAGAGAUCGUUAGGACCCAACUCAACAACACGACUCGGCUCACUUACCUGGUCCAAGAUGGAACUUGCUCCACACGACCCGGGUUCUAAACUGCUCCGACCCGACGAACCAGAGCUCGACCUCUACACCAUCCCAAGCCACUCUAGCUGGUUUUCGUGGGAUGAGAUUCAUGAAACUGAGAGAAUUGCUUUGAAAGAGUACUUUGAUGGAAGCUCAAUUUCAAGAACGCCAAAAACAUACAAGGAAUACAGGGACUUUAUUAUUAGUAAGUACAGAGAAGACCCUUCUAGGAAACUCACAUUCACUGAGGUUAGAAAGUCACUUGUGGGUGAUGUUAGUUUGCUCCACAAGGUCUUUAAUUUCUUGGAGAAGUGGGGUUUGAUUAAUUUCAGUGCAAAUUUGGGUGUCAACGGUGGUUUUGGCAUCGAGGGUGAGGAGAGGUCUAAGGUUAAGGUUGAGGAUGGGGUCCCCAAUGGGAUCCGUGUGGCUGCGAUGCCGAAUUCAAUUAAACCAAUUUCACUCAUUUCAGCUCCCCCUAAAGUUGGGGAUGCUGGGGGUGGAGUUGUGAAUAGAAUUACUUUGGCUCCAUUGGCUCCAUUGGCAUCAUAUUCUGAUGUUUUUGGUGAUCUAAAGAAGGAGGAGGGGUUGGUUUGUGGCAAUUGUGGUGGACAUUGUGAAACUGGACACUACAAGUAUAGCAAGGGUGAUUUUCUAAUUUGCAUAAAAUGUUUUGAAAAUGGGAACUAUGGGGAGAACAAAUUGAGGGAUGAUUUCAAGUUAAAUGAGGCAAUUGAAAAGAGUGGUACUAACGGAGUGGAGUGGACUGAAUCUGAAACUCUACUACUUUUAGAAUCUGUUCUGAAGCACGGGGAUGAUUGGGAGCUUGUUGCUCAAAAUGUUCAGACCAAGACUAAAUUUGAUUGUAUUGCUAAGCUCAUUGAUCUGCCUUUUGGGGAGCUUGUGUUGGGUUCUGCCUACAGAAAAGGCAAUCCUAGUGGCUUUAGUGGUAAUUUGAUCUCUUCAGAGCACAUUCAGUUAUCUUCAUCUGAAUGUCAAGAGACUGUCAAAACCAAAGGUCAGUUGCAUGAGCAGACAGAUGACAGCAAGCAGAAUGGAGAUAUUUUGGAUCAAGGCCCUCCUUUGAAAAGGCAGCGCAUUGCUUCCCUUUCGGAUGCUAGUAGUUCACUGAUUAAACAGGUAGCUGCCAUAACAACCAUGGUUGGUCCACAUAUUACAUCUGCCGCAGCUGAGGCUGCCGUUAAUGCACUUUGUGAAGAAACCUCUUGUUCAAGGGAGAUAUUUAAUGCUGAUGAUGAUUCUAUUCCUAAUGGCUUGUGGUCUCCUGCUAAAAAUUGUGAGACAGAGAGAGCUCAUGGUGAGGAUUCAGAAAUGAAGGAAAGGCCAACUCAAUCAGAGAGUCAGCAUGCAAUCUUUAAAAAAGAUGACAUACCUCCAACUUUGCAAAUUAGAGCUGCCAUUGGAACAGCUCUUGGAGCAGCUGCUGCUCACGCAAAAUUAUUGGCCGAUCAGGAGGAUAGACAGAUUGAACAUCUAAUGGCAACCAUAAUUGGGACGCAGAUGAAGAAGUUGCACAGCAAACUCAAGCAUUUUGAAGAUCUGGAGCUGAUCAGGAAGAAGGAAUGUGCUCAAAUCGAAGAAGUAGAGGAUAUUCUAGUAGAAGAGCGGAUUAAUAUCUUACAGAGGACAUUUGAUUCUGGUGUACCUAGAUGGAGGGAUCAUCCUUCUUUAAAAUCUUGAAAUGUUUGUUGUAUCUUUAGAUGUAAAGUAGAGUAGAAACAUAGACGACGAGAGCAGUGACGUGUCUUCUUAGUAAAGGCUGUUCAAUUCUUUAG